CACACACGCUCUACGCACAGAAGUGCGUUCCUGCAAGAGUCGGAGAAAAACGCGUACUGUAAAAUUAAACGCAAAACUACAAUUACGGGGAACUGACCUGUUCUUCCCUAUUAUUUCUGCGCAUAGAAGAAAAUAACUUAUACCUGUGGAUUUUUGCGUUAAACCGACGCAUCUGAAUAAGUGGGGCCUACAGAGUCGCAGAAAUGAGUCAGUGGUUGGAGCUUCAGCAACUGGAUUCAAAGUUUUUGGAACAGGUGGACCAGCUGUACGAUGACAACUUCCCAAUGGCCAUUCGCCAGUAUCUAAGCACCUGGAUAGAGAGUCAUGACUGGGACAAUGUUGCUAAUGUGGAGAACGAGUCCCUGGCCACCGUGAGGUUCCAUGACCUGUUGACCCAGCUGGAUCACCAACACAGCCGUUUCGCGAUGGAGAAAGACUUCUUGAACCAACAUAACAUCCGCAAGAUCAAACGGAACUUGCAGAGCCUCUUCCAAGAUAAUCCUGUUUCCAUGGCGAUGAUCAUCAGUAGGAAUCUUAACGAGGAAAGGAAGAUUCUGGCCUCUGCUCAAACAACAGAGAAUCAAGCAGAGAGCACCCAAAACGACAUGAUCGUGGAGAAACAUCGAGAGAUGGACGGAAAGGUGAAGGAAAUAAAGCUGAAAGUACAGGAAACUGAGCAAAACAUCAAAAAUCUCGAGGACCUGCAAGACGAAUAUGACUUUAAGAGCAAAACUCUCCAAAGCAGAGAGGAGCUGAACGGGACCAUUUCAAAAGAGGUCUUGAAUCGUGAGAGAUUGGUCAUUCGUGCCAUGUUCAUGAAACUCAACGACAUGAGAGAGAGUGUGAUUAGUCAGAUGUCGGAGGUGUUGAAUCUCAUGGAUCAGGUGGUGUUCGAGUUAAUCUCAUCAGAACUGGCUGAAUGGAGGCGUCGACAGCAAAUGUCCUGUAUCGGUGGACUAACCAAUGUUUGCUUGGACCAGCUGCAGAACUGGUUUACUUCCGUAGGAGAGUCUCUGCUUCAGCUCAGACAGCAACACAAGAAGCUUCAAGAACUUGAGCAGAAAUUCACAUACGACAGUGAUCCCAUCACUCACAGCAAAAGCACUCUGCAUGACAGGAUAACAUCAAAUCUCAAAACUCUCAUCACAAACUCCUUGGUAGUUGAGAGACAGCCGUGUAUGCCGACCCAACUCCAACGACCACUGGUGCUGAAGACGGGAGUACUGUUUACCCUCAAAAUCCGGCUGCUUGUAAAACUUCCGGAAUUCAACCACACAGUUCGAGUGAAGGUGCAAUUCGAUAAGGAUGUUGUUGAGAAACGGAAAGGGUUUCGAAAAUUCAACAUCUUGGGAACAGCCAUGAAGGUCAUGAACAUGGAGGAAUCCAAUGGAAUGGCAGCAGAAUUCCGUCACUUGCAAUUGAAAGAGCAGAAAGUUGCCGGAAACAGAACCAGUGAGGGUCCACUGAUUGUCACAGAAGAACUUCACUCCAUCACCUUUGAAGCAGAAAUCUGUUGGUCUGGACUGGUCAUGAACUUUGAGACCACAUCUCUGCCCAUUGUCGUGAUCUCCAACGUCAGUCAGCUACCCAGUGGAUGGGCUUCCAUCUUGUGGUAUAACAUGCUGAUCUCUGAGGCCAAGAACCUUUCGUUCUUUGUGAGUCCUCCUCCGGCAACAUGGGCACAUCUAUCAGAGGUGCUGAGCUGGCAGUUUUCAUCCAUCACCAAAAGAGGCCUCAAUCAAGAACAGCUAAGCAUGCUGGGUGCUAAACUCCUGGGUCCCAAAGCAAUGAUGGACCCUGAAGCUCAGAUUCCUUGGAAUAAAUUCUGCAAGGCUGGCAAUGAGAAGAACUUCACCUUUUGGUUGUGGAUUGAAGGAAUUAUUGACCUUAUUAAGAGACACCUGCUGAGUCUGUGGGAUGAUGGGUGUAUAAUGGGGUUCGUGACUAAGGACUCAACUAGAGCGCUGCUACAUGACAAAGCUCCUGGGACAUUUCUGUUGCGCUUCAGUGAGAGCAAUCGUGAUGGAGCCAUUACGUUCAGCUGGGUUGAACAUGAUGCAAACGAAGAGCCACAGAUCCGCUCCGUGGAGCCCUACACGAAGAAGGAACUCUCCGCCGUCUCACUUCCCGACAUCAUUCGGAACUAUCGCGUGAUGGCAGCUGACAACGUCCCAGAAAACCCUCUGCGCUUCCUCUACCCCAAUUUACCCAAAGACGAAGCCUUCCAAAAAUACUAUUCCAAACCUACAGACAAACAAGAACCAAUGGAUGUUGAUAAGAAGUCAGAUGAGGGCUACAUCAGCACCACCCUCAUCUCCAUCUCUGAAAUGAAAACAGCCGAAUAUAACGACACACUCAUGCCAAUGUCCCCUGAGGUUUACGGCGAGCUGGAGCGCAUGAAUCGAUACAUAGGAGAUUUCAAAUCUUUGGAGUUGCCAGAAAACUUCCAAUAAGUUAUUUGAAAGAACAGACGACUGGCAAAAAGACGACUUCAAUCAUUGUGUGCAUUCUUGUAAUAUCACAGACAAUACAAGAGGAAUACACAUAGACAUUUGUGUCCAGCAGUCCUUUGUUUUAUUAUAAUGUUGAGAAAUGUCUUGAAAAACACUGUAUACUUGCUGUCAUCUGAAACAAAAACAUAAUUCACCCAAAUAUGAGAAUUCAGUCAUUUACUCGCCUUCAUAUUGUUCCAAAACUGAGCAGUGAAAUUGAAUGGUGAUCGAGGCUGUCAGCCUCUAACUGGAACAACAUGUUUUUGGGUGAAUUAUUCCUUUAAGUUCAUAUUAAUGCUCUUGAUACUUCAGAACUUAAUCCAUCAAAUAUAAACAACUUGUUAAUGUGUGGCAGGGAAGUUGUGUAUUAUUAUCACUUCAUUUAUCUUAGCAAACUUGCUAAGUAUCAGAACAAAUCAGAGGUGAUGAUAUAGGAAGCUAGAAGGGUGAAUCUGUCGAUAACCUGCCAAGAACAUCUUCAUCCCACCACCCCUUUAGUAAUGUCAAAUGUGCUUGUUUGCAUAGAACGUGUGCUUGUAGUAAUGAAACCAUCCAUCUCCAGUGGGAUUUAGUGCAGAUUUACACAGCUAGUGGCACCAAAGCAGUCAGUGUUAUAACCAGUGCAUUUAUUUGUUUUUAUCAGUUAACUUUUCACGUGUACAGUAAUGAUACAAAAGCAUGUUCUGACAAUAAAACAGUAAAUUUAUAAAAAUUGUUGCUUGGUUUAUGUACACAACAUGAUCAUUACAUAAAAUCACGUGUGACAAUGGCUUAUCAAUAGUUAGUUGCUAGUUUUGUUGCAAAAACGAGUUUGUCUAAUUGUAGAGAUGAAGUCCAUUUGAAGCGUCAUGGAGUUUGUUGUUUGCAAAAGAAUUAAAUGCAACAUCGCAACUAUCCAGUUUCUGGAAAACUUAGUGUUGGUAUUACAAAUAAUUAUCCAUUAAGAUUUCAUGUUUGCUUAAGUUCUGAGAUAUUUAGUUUUUUAGGUGAUGUUUUUUUUCUUCUGAUUAACAUUUCUUA